AUGACUUCUUUGCUUGUGCCGAAUAAUGUGUACACCAUGGACAAAACCGGUAAUGUGCUCUUUACCCUUAGCUGUAUUGUAGUCCUUGUAAGCAAGAAUAACCAACAGGACUACAGAGGUAUUAGCAUAAAACGCACAAUGCUCAGUACCAUUGAAUGCGUGUCAGCAAGCGGUGAACAUUCGCAUCCAAUAACCAUCUAA